GCAAAAUAUGCCGCGUAGCUCUUAUAUACACAGUUACAUAUGUCAUUUGUGAUGGAAAAUUGGACCGCCUCAAGGGAUCCUUGUAUGGCCUUAUAUAAUAGCCGCAAAAGCUGCAUCUUCCCCUCAUCUUCCCACUCCCCCUGUUCUUCGUUGAAGCAUGCUCCUGUCAAUUGCGCAUAGGACAUAUACCUUCGCAAAUCUCGCUCGAAGCGGCGGAAGGAUCACAUUCCUCAACAGCCGCUAUACAAAGGGACGAAAACCGCCUAUAUUCUUACCAUAUAUUACUAGAGGAAACAUGGCCACUUUAGCGACCUUCAAGCCGCCCGCGGUGCAAAAUGAGCCAACUCUAAACUACGCCAGAGGCUCACCGGAGCGGGAGAAGCUUGCGAGUGCAAUUGCUGCGUUCAAGAAACAGGCUCCUUUACAGAUUCCCCUUGUUAUUAAUGGGGAGGACGUAACAACGGCCUCCGAAGUGCAAACUCAACUCAACCCGUCCGCCUACAAGACCACUCCUGUCGCCAGGUUCCAAGCGGCUGGCCCACAGGAAGUCAACUUGGCCAUAGACACAGCGUUAGCUGCGAAGAAGGCUUGGGAGACAUUGCCCUUUGCCGACCGAGCGGCGGUCUUCUUGAAAGCUGCUCAUCUCGUGAGUACCAAGUAUCGGUAUGAGCUGAUGGCGGCAACGAUGGUGGGCCAGGGGAAGAAUGCGUGGCAGGCCGAGAUUGAUGCUGCGGCUGAGUUGUGUGACUUCUUGAGGUUCAAUGUCCAGUAUGCUGCUGAGAUAUACACACAGCAGCCGGUCCAUAAUGCUCCCGGGGUUUGGAACCGAUUGGAAUAUCGCCCCCUUGAAGGCUUCGUCUACGCCGUCUCGCCAUUCAACUUCACCGCUAUCGGAGGCAACCUCCCCGCUGCCCCUGCGCUCAUGGGAAACGUAGUGGUCUGGAAACCAUCCCCAUUCGCCGUCGCAGCAAAUUACCUAACCUACAGUAUCCUCGUCGAAGCCGGACUCCCGCGCGGGGUCAUCCAAUUCGUCACCGGCGACGCAGAACAAAUCACAAAAACGGUCCUCGACCACCCCCACUUCGCCGCCUUGCAUUACACAGGCAGCACAGCAGUCUUCCGCUCUCUCUACGGCAAAAUCGCUCAGGGCGUGGCAGACGGCAAAUACAUCAGCUACCCGCGCAUCGUCGGUGAGACAGGCGGGAAGAACUUCCACCUCAUCCACCGCAGCGCCGAUAUCCCCAAUGCAGUGAAGAACACCGUGCGCGCCGCCUUUGAGUUCCAGGGCCAGAAAUGCAGCGCCUGCUCGCGCGCCUACGUGCCCUCAAGCAUCUGGCCUGAAUUCCGCGGCCAGCUCGUCGCGGAGACCAAGGCGCUGAAAAUCGGGGAUCCGGAGGAUUUCUCCAACUUCAUGGGCCCUGUGAUCCAUGCGGCGGCAUUUAAGAAGCUCUCGUCCGCCAUCGAUGAGGCGAAUAAGGAUUCCCGCCUCGAGUUGCUGGCUGGCGGCAGCUAUAGCGAUGAGACGGGCUACUUCAUCCACCCGACCGUCUACGCGACGACCGAUGCGACGCAUCCGAUUCUCAGUACGGAGUACUUCGGCCCCAUCUUGGCCGUCCUUGUGUACGAUGAUGGUGCUGACGGGGCAGGAGGAUCAAGCGCGUUUGAAUCCAUUUGUAAAACCAUCGAUGCGACUAGCCCGUACGCGCUGACGGGGGCGAUAUUUGCGCAAGACCGCGCGGCGGUGUCGUAUGCGGAAGACGCGCUGCGGAGCGCUGCGGGGAACUUUUAUAUCAAUGUUAAGUGUACGGGGGCUGUGGUGGGCCAGCAGCCGUUCGGGGGCGCGAGGGCGUCCGGUACGAAUGACAAGGCGGGGAGUAUUGGGUUGUUGAAUCGGUUUGUGAGUGUUAGGGCGUUGAAGGAGGAGUUUGAGGGGCUGCAGAAGGUGAAGUAUGUUAGUAACGAGUAAGAAGGGGGGUUGGCGAUGGGUCGACGGGUAAGACCUGAGGGGCAACUGCCUGUUUCGCCCGUUUCCAUUUUCGAAUCUGAUCUGGCGCAUUGUUGGGUGUGGGGGGGGGGGUUAUGGUGGAGGGAGGUUAUGAUUGAAGUUAGUUGGCAACAUGUACGUUAUCACUAAAUAACGUAUUCGAAUAGGUAAAUAUUCUAGGUGGUUAUGAGAAGAAAAUGAGCAGCGAUAGUAGAGCAAUGAUUCUUUCAUCUCGCUAAAACAAUCCCAAUAAAUAUCACCAAUCAUCACCUCGACGAAAUAUCAAGUAUAUAAAUGUAUAUAACCACCCACCCUCUUUCAUACUAUCACAGAGAAAAUCAAAGCUACCCCCUUAAAAGCAAUUCACACACAGCCUUCACACAUACUUUUUUACCCUUCAGCUCUGAGGAUG